AUGGUGGCCGGUGUGAGGUUACUCGCAUACGGGAGAUUAGCAGUUAGAGCAGUUUUUUCAGCGUCUGCUUUAGAUCUUGGAUCAUCAAUAGGACCAGAAGCAAUCAGUUCGGGUAGACGAGGGCUUUCUAGCAGUGCUUCUAAACCUGGAAAACCACCAACUGAAGGAUCUCCAUCUCCUGCUCACAGUCCUCACGUCGAGAAUGUGAUUGCGAGUUGUGCAGGCUUUCCAAAAGACAUGCUAAAUGGCCCAUCUACUGUUCAAGAUAAAGGAGUCUUUGGUGAUGAUGCCUGGUUUAUAUCUAGGUUCAAAAAUACUUUCGUAGUCGGAGUAGCUGAUGGUGUUGGUGGGUGGAGAAAAUAUGGAAUUGAUCCCUCAGCCUUUUCACGAAGGCUAAUGAAAGAAUGCGAAAAACGCGUUCAAGGAGGAGAGUUCGAUCCAAAAAGACCUGAUUCGCUACUCGACUUCGCAUUCAGAGCAUCAGCCGAGGCGCCGAGGCCUGUUGGAUCAUCAACAGCAUGCGUUCUUGUUGUUCAUCAAGAAAAGUUGUAUUCGGCGAAUCUGGGUGACUCUGGUUUCAUGGUCGUGCGCAAUGGAAAGAUAAUCUCAAAAAGUCGUGAGCAAGUGCAUUAUUUCAAUGCACCUUUCCAGCUGACACUCCCACCAGAAGGAUAUCAAGGAUUCAUCGGAGAUAGGGCAGAUAUGGCUGAUAAAGAAGAAAUGGAUGUAAAGAAGGGAGACCUUAUUCUUCUAGCCACAGAUGGUGUCUGGGACAAUUUAAGUGAGCAGCAAGUACUCGAUCAGUUAAAAGCUUUGGAUGAGAGAAAGAGUAAUGUUCAAGAAGUUUGCAAUGCAUUAGCUCUGACUGCACGGAGGUUAGCAUUUGAUUCGAAACAUAACAGUCCAUUUGCAAUGAAAGCUCGUGAGCAUGGAUUUUUGGCUCCUGGAGGAAAACCAGAUGACAUCACAUUAGUACUUCUUCUCAUCGCCUAA